AUGAGCAGGCAACAGACCGUCAGAGUUGAGGCGCUCGACGGGCGAUUGUCCGCCCUGCUGCAGCAGGGUCUGCUAAUGGAUGUCAGAGAGAGUCGAGCGGCGCGUGGGGAGAAAAACAUGGAGAAAAACGUCGGGUCGCUGCAGGAACAGGCUCUGAAGAGAAAAGAGAGACUCAAAGCGCUGAGGGAUAAAAAACUUCACGGACGUGAGCAGGAAGAUGAGGAACCAGAGAGCAAAAAGGCGGCACUAGAGGAGACUCCCGAAGAAAAGCACAGAGAACUGAAACUGAGGAAUUACACUCCGGAAGAUGAAGAGCUGAAGGAGAGGCAGGUACCUAAAGCCAAACCAGCUUCAGUGGAAGAUAAAGUAAAAGAUCAGCUGGAGGCAGCAAAUCCUGAGCCCAUAAUCGAAGAAGUGGAUUUGGCCAAUCUUGCACCUAGAAAACCAGACUGGGAUCUGAAGCGUGAUGUGGCAAAGAAACUGGAAAAGCUGGAAAGGCGAACGCAGAGAGCCAUUGCCGAGCUCAUCCGGGAUCGGCUGCGAGGCAGUGAGGAGGAGCUGGCUGCAGCGGUGGGAGCUGUGGGAGAGGAGGAGGGAGAUUCGGACUGAAUACGUGAUGUAACGGGGAAACGAAGAGAAAUAGGAACUCAGUUCACUGUGAGCUGUACAUAUUGGCUUCAUCCUGCAGAGGAGAGGAUUGGAUGUAAUUUUUUUCUCACCUUCCUAUGAGUCAUACGUUUCAUAAGUGGUUUCUGAAGGUGUGUUAUAUAUGUAUAUUUAAAAAAAAAAAAACAUUUUAAAUAAAAUGACUGUUUUUUAAAAUGGCUAAAUUUCCUUGUUAAAUAAAUAAAACUAGUACAGAAGAUAUGUGGAUUAAAACAUUGGUUUGUAAGCAAAGACUUGAGUCUGUACUUCUUCCAAAGUCUAAUAAGAAGGAAAAAGAGCAGAAAGGAAAAUUAAAAGUUAUUUUUAGGUUUCAUUCAUUCUCCGUCUUCCAUUGUGUGUUAGAGAUCUGACUCACACUGAUUCAUUCUAACCUGACCGCUUUUAUGCUGCUUAAUUAAAUAUUUACAUCGAAAAGUUUAAUUAUCCAAGUAUCCAUCCAUCUGUCCAUUCUUUCAUUAAUCUGCCUAUUCAUUUAUUUAUUCAUUCAUCUUCUGCCAUCCGUUCUUCCUUUCAUCUUUGUUUUCAUUCGUUCUUCUGUUGAUCUGUCCAUCUUCAUU